GAUCUUUUUUGAAAGUGGGUCUUGCUAUCAAAAGUUUUAGGCUAAGGCUAAGUUUGAAGUGAAGGUGGACGAUGCUGAUUGCAUCUAAAGAUUAUUGGAGGUUGCUGAAUCCAUUGCAAGGACCUUCUGUGGUGGUCUGGAGGGUUCGUUGUAUGCAGAUUGGCUGUAUACUUCGCAUCUCAGAGUGCGACCUAUAUUGGAAUAUGCACGGGCUGGAGUUUCAUAUGCGUGUUGUUGAUUUAGUCUCCAAGAGUUGUUGAUGGAAUUACAAUGCUGGCCUUGAAAUCCUUCAGAAAUAUUUUUGUGAAUCUUAAAUUUAGGGCUUAAGUUUUAGGGCUGGAGGUGUAUAUCGUCUAUGAUGAGAUUGACACUGGAGAUUGUAGUUGACGUUAGCAUGAUCAAGAUCGUGGAAGUAAAUUAUCGGAUCGAAGUAGGGCAGAGCGCGUGAGUGAGUGAGUGAGUGAGUAAGUGAGGGAGUGAGGGAAAGAGACAGAAGAUUUGCAAUUUACGGGGACGGGAGACAUGAUGAACCGGAUUACAGAGAAUUUGGAGAAGGUGGGUUGGCAUUUGAAGCCUUCUGCUGUGGACAUCGUGAUCCGUGAAAUUGAGGAGGAGGAGGAGGCAGAUGCUCGUUUGAAUGAACGGGAGCUAGAGAAGAGGGUGAGAGCAGAGCUUUUAGAUACCGACUUGAGCACUACUGGGGCACGUCAUUUGCCGGACGCGCAAGCCCUUCUGCAUCUUCGCACUCUGCAAACUCCAUGUGUUUUGCAGUUAGCAGCAAUAAAAGAUGCAAGUCAGAGCAAUCAAAGCUUAGGAAGUACUUCAGGGAGGUUGCUCCAUCUUCGCCUCACAGACGGCCACUCCUUUCUUACAGCAAUCGAGUAUAAACCUGUGCCUGCUUUGUCUACAGACGUUCCGCCUGGCACCAAGGUUACAUUGCUGGGAUCAGUAACAGUGCACAGUGGGAUAGUACUUUUGGACCAAAACUCAAUACGAAUUGAAGGGGGUCACGUUGCAGCUCUCCACGAAGCUUGGCUUAUGCAAAGAAAGUAUUCUGGAGUUUUGUCCCGUUCAAGUACAGAUGGCGCCAGUGGACCACCUCCAUUUCGUGGCUUGAAUUCAAACACAAAAGGAGCUCAGGCUCCUAAACCAAAUAUUAAUAAAGAUGUUACGCUAGCACCAAAUACCAAACCCAGGAUGUCAGGCAGCAGGCAGGAUGUCAGGGUCCAAGCGGGUGCAAUCUCAAUCGCAGAAGACAUAAAUAUUAAGGCACCAGUACCUCGAAUGCGUCCUGGAGCAGAGCCUUAUAGACCAAGAAGCAUGCAAACGAAUGAAACAGAUACGCAAAGUAAUGCACCCUCUGUUACGAGCGGAGCCACGCAGGCCAAUCUUACUGAAGCUGCGCCUGAGAAACUCCUUGCUGUGCAAACUCUUCCGCCCAACUCAGCAGCUCUUGCUCAAUCAAGUUCGCAAACUUCAGUUCCAGAACCAAAAGUAUCAGAAUCGAGAGUACGAGAAAAGGCACCUGAAGUUGCACCAGUUCAAAACCGACAAGCUGCUCAAAAGCUUUUAGACAGAAGGACAGAUGCAGGAGUUGGGGGUGAUAGAGGGCGUGGGUGUGGCAGACGGCCUCGGCGAGGUAGGGGCAGAGAUGACUUUGAUGAGCAUGAUGAACGAGUGAUGACCUUAGACGAAUGGGAAUCCAAGCAAAAGACUCAAGCCUCUAGUCAUUCGGCAGCAGUUUCUGACCAGGAGAUGGCAAGGAGACUCCAGGAACAAUUCAAUUUGGAAGACUCUCUUGAUACUCAACCUAAGCAGCUUAGCGCUGCAGAGCAGCUACGACAAAGCAUGUUCAGCUUUGUGCCAGAGCCGAGCAAUACAGUGAGCAGCAGAGGCAGAGGGCGUGGUCGCGGGAGAGGCCGCGGACGUAGGUAGACGAUCGUAAACGCAAUUGGGUUGGUCUACGAGAUUAUCCUUUUUGUAGACAUUUCUGUGUUGGUUAAUUAGGCAAUUGAAAGACGUGUAUAGUUUCAGCUUCUGCUUGGCAAAUGUUUGCCAUUCGUCUUCCUCCGACCUAGACAGUUCCUAAACGGUGAUGGAACAUAUUACAGUUGGGAGUGUCGACUAGACAGUAGCUUAAAUGAAGGCUCAAUUUCUGCGGACUUUGGCAGAAUUCAUUGAUAGUCUCGAGCGCAGGAUGGAAGCGCACACGCCUUGAAAAUGUUGCCACCAUCAAAUUUUCACUAUGGUA